UCGAAGGGUGCACGAUUGACAAGAAACAGAGGAUAGUUUCCAAGUAGUAGUAGCUAACACAAUACACUUCACUCUGAGCCUGAGACAUUUGCAAUGUGCAAAGCAACCAUUUAACGGCUCUUCUUCUUUUUUUCUUUCCUCUAACAAACAAAACAAACUUCUUCCUUUUUCUUUCUUUCUUUUUCACCACUUACGGUUACUUCUCACCGACAACGUAACGGUUCACUAUAGCCGUUUCCGGUACCUUCGCCGAUCUUCCACCGUCAGAUUUACCUCAUCUUCUUAACUCUUCUCAUUUUUUAUUUCACACUAUUUUUUUCUUCAACUUCAGGUUAUUUUUGGUUUCAAUUUCAGGGAUACAAAAUGAUAGGAUCAUUUCUUACCAGGGCGCUUGUGAUGGUUUUUGGCUAUGCUUAUCCAGCCUAUGAAUGCUAUAAAGUAGUUGAAAAGAAUAAGCCGGAAAUUGAACAACUUCGAUUUUGGUGCCAGUAUUGGAUUUUGGUUGCUGUUUUGACAGUGUGUGAGAGAAUUGGAGAUACUUUUGUAUCAUGGGUCCCAAUGUAUAGUGAAGCUAAGUUGGCAUUUUUCAUAUUUUUGUGGUACCCCAAGACAAAGGGAACAACAUAUGUGUAUGAUUCCUUCUUUAGACCAUAUGUUGCAAAACAUGAGCCAGAAAUUGAUCGCAGCUUGUUGGAACUAAGGACGAGGGCGGGAGAUUAUGUAGUUUUGUAUUGGCAAAGAGCUGCUAGUUACAGUCAGACAAGAAUAUAUGACAUUUUGAAGUUUGUUGCAGCACAAUCAACGCCAGCACCACGCCCUGCUCAGCAACGACCAGGUGUGAGGGUUCGUCAACCUGCACCUGCCACUGGCCAACCAGCUGCUGCUACAGGAACACAAGUUGAGGAACCCCCAUCCCCUGCUUCUAGUACAUCUUCAAGUCAGUUCCAGAGGGAAGUAGCAGAGGAAUUGAGCUCUCCAAAAGUUCCUAAAGCAGCCCCUCCUGUUGCAGGUUUAAAUAACCAGAUGUCUUCUGUAGCUGGUAACCAGAAGCCACCUGUAGCUGGUCCGAGUACUCAGAAGUCUUCUUUAGCAGGUUUAAGUACCCAGAAAUCUAAUCCUACACCUCAAACAAACAUAAAAUCUGCAUCAACAGAGGCUGACCCAAAGAAGAUUCAAGCAGCAGCACCUUCAUCCUCUUCAGCAAAUGAAAAUGGAAAAUCUCCUACAAAGGAGACCAUAAUGGAAGAAAGCAUCCGGGUUACACGAGGCAGACUAAGAAAAACCAGAUCAUCGGGAACCCAGUAGCACAAUAUUGUCAAUUUUUAGCCUGAAAUAGGGAUAGUUGGACCAUGCUGCUGGCCAUUCAAAUGUAUGUAAUGGUUUCCUGAGUUUUCAUUCUAUUUGUUGCUUCAUUUUAUUUCUUUAUCUUUUUUCUUUAUAAUUUGUCUAGACAUGGUAUCGUUAGUAGCUUGAUGCCACGUUUUAUGGACUCAUUCCGAUGGGUUGUUUGCUUGCAUCGGCUGCUCUGUAUAGCAGGUAUUCACGAUAGAGUGUAACAAACAGUAUUAACAUGUUUUCCAGGGAAUCGUUAGUUGAAACAUUUUAAAUUUAGAUUCGAA